AGAAAAUCUAAGGCCCACUUAAGUUUGGAAACAAAACACAGUCGUUUCGUGCUCUUCGAAAAAAUAGCCAGAUAGGUCCAGAGAGAGCUUAAACCUACCGAACCAUUUGCUCCCAGUGUUGGUUUAUCCAUCUCCGUCUCUCCGAUCCUCGUCGAUCAACUCCACCUGAAGAAUCUCCGAGUUUCUAUUGAACGACACACUUCAAUGGUGGAAUCUGUUUCUUCUCAAACUCCGUCGCUCUCGGAGCAAUAUCAUUUGGAGAAAGCAGUUGAAGACAAGUCUAAAUCUCCUGAGGUGACUUCUGAAGAGGCUCCUGCCGCGACUGAAGAAGCUCGUGCUAAUGAGGAAAACACUAGUGAAGAAGUUGCCGAGGAGACUCCUGAUGAGAUCAAGCUUGAGACAGCGCCUGCUGAUUUCCGUUUCCCGACAACAAACCAAACUAGGCAUUGUUUCACGCGUUACAUUGAAUAUCACAGAUGUGUAGCUGCCAAGGGUGACGAAGCUCCCGAGUGCGAUAAGUUUUCAAAGUUUUAUCGAUCUCUUUGCCCCGGCGAAUGGGUUGAUAGGUGGAACGAGCAAAGAGAGAAUGGAACUUUCCCUGGUCCUCUUUAAGACUACUCCUGCCUCUCAAGAAGCAUCAUAUCCCCCCUCCCCCCUUCUUCCUCUUUUGCUCUUAUACACUUCAUGAUGUCACCCGGAUUACACUGCAGAGUUUUAAUAAGAUUUUACAACAACCAGCAUGUCUGGUUCCUCAACAUAAAAUGUGAGAGUUUAACAAUUAUAAUCUCAACUUUUCUCUGUGUUCAACUUAAUUUUUUUGAGGAUCAUCCGAUUCUGAUA